AAGGGUAGCAGGUCCAUGACCGUAAAACAAGUGGAAUUAGGCUUACCUUACUGACGGGCUGUCGUACAAAUCUAAAUACAGACAGGAUGCACGAUUGCUGAGGUUUAAUACGCACGCCUAGUCAUUUUUGAAAACGUAGUGAUAGCGCUUGGUAGUGCAGGGUAUUAUGCUGUGUUGUUUUGGUUUUGAGCUGGCUUGAUCACAGCUGAGUGGAUGUAGCCAACUUGGAUAUUUUUCGCCGGUUGCUGUAUUUAUUUUUAUAUCUAUAAUUUGGUGUUGAGAAGACUACACAGCUGAGGGCUGGUUGCAAACAACUCAAAGAUGAUCGAGGUGGUGGCCUCCAUGGCACGCGGCCCGGUAUUCCUAACCGGGGAGCUCCUGGAGUGCCUUAUCACGUUCACCAACCCGAUGUCCCAUCUAUCCACCUCCGCUAGCAGCGAGAUGCUGGCGUGGGCCAGUGCCCAGAUCCACUGCCAGUUCCAUGCCAGCGAGAGCAGGGUGGCACUGCCCUCUCAGGGGAACAAGCAAGAUGUGCAGGCUGAGAGCGACACGGUGCUCAUUCCCAGCAGAGGAGAGAGGGGGCAGUGCAUCCUUGAUACUCCGCCAAAGAUACUCUUCUGUGACUUACGCCUGGAUCCAGGAGAGAGCAAAACCUAUUCCUACAGUGAGGUUGUCCCGUCAGAUGGUCCACCGAGUUUCAGGGGGCAGGCGGUGAAGUAUGUGUACAAGCUGACCAUCGGCUGCCAGAGGGUCAACUCCCCAAUCAAGCUGCUACGUGUUCCGUUCAGAGUACUGGUGCUGCAUGGCAUGUCGGAGCAGCAUUUCCUCCAGGACGAGGAAGUGGCCCCCUCAAAUCCCUUCCUGGAGGAGGAGGAGGGGAGCAGCAACCGCAGGGAUGGAAGCCUCCUGGAGAAGGCCUUGGACAUGCUGAUGGCCACAACGUCGCGCCGCUCCCCCCAUCUUUUCAACAUCACUAACUCACGGGGGAAGGUGGCUAAGUUCUGUAUUUUCAAGAGUGUCUACCGGAUCGGGGAGGACAUCAUCGGCACUUUUACCUUCUCUGAGGGGGACAUUCCCUGUCUGCAGUAUUCGGUCAGUUUACAGUCUGAAGAGGAAGUGAACUCUGUGUACCAGAGGAAGCCAACUCCACCAUUGAGUGUAACCUCUCACGGGCGCCACCUGGAGUCCUGUCUGCACACUGCGUCCAGUCACUUCUCCCUGCCCAUACCACUCAAUGUGACGCCAGGAUUCAGCACUGACAUCAUCACUCUGAGAUGGCGUCUGCACUUUGAGUUUGUGACAUCCAGAGAGCCUGUGGAGUCGCCCACUGUGCUGCAGAACCAAUCAGAGGUCACGAUCUGGACAGGAGCGGACCACGUGGACGUGGACACCUUCAGCUGGGACUUGCCAAUCAAAGUGCUUCCCACCAAUCCAGCACUGGCAGCUUACGUUUCCCAGUUUACAGGGACCAACAGCAUUAACAUUUGAUAUUAAUGUCUGCGUGUGAGAGAAAGAUGGUACUCUGUGUGUGUGUGUGUGUGUGUGUGUGUGUGUGUGUGUGUGUGUUUUCGCUAAUGAGGGGAUUCUGUUAUGUAAGUACAGAGUUGACUGAAUGCUUGUGUGUGUGUGUGUGUGUGUGUGUUUUAACAAUCUUUCUAAACGGUUGCCUAUGCACUGUGGGUAAAUCUCUUGAAAUUUAAUCAAGUCAGGUUUUAAUGUUUGAAAUGUGAGUGUGUGUGUGUGUGUGUGUGUGUAUGCGUGCGUGGCUGUGGGUGUGUUUGUAUGCGUGCGUGGCUGUGGGUGCGCGUGUGUGUGUGUGUGUGUGUGAGUGUGUGUGCGUGUGUGUGUGUGCUUGUCUGGGAGUGUAUAUAGGGGAUUUCUUACUAAAAGCUUUUUUUAUUAUGUUCCUCCUUAUCACAACUACAGUUUUAUGUUUUAUUUCAGUUCUCUCUCAAAUGGGAGAGCUUUGGGACCACUGACUGACUAUAUGGUCCACCAUUAUGUAUUUCAAAUACCUGUGUGUGUCUGUGUGUGUGCGCAUGCCUAUUUGUGUGUGUGUGUGUCUGUGUGAGUGCGUGUGUGCAUGUGUGUGACACAGACACAAAGGCUUGAAGUUCUCAAGAGUUGGAAAUGUGUUUUUUGACCUCAAAAUAAAACCAAGCAUAUUUGUAA